UGCCUUCAUUUGCGUUCUGAUUCCUGGUUGGGUUAGAAUCAAGUGGACUUAUUGACAUGGUGUAGACAAGGGAAGGGGGGAAUAAUUUGGAUAGUGCAUAGCAUUGAUAUGAUGCCAAGCAAAUUUGAUGCACUUAAAUACUCGAGAGUUAAUUGCACAAAUGGAUUGGCAGGUUCUACUGGGCCAUCAAAAAUAUCUGUAGAAGAAAACCUAUCUAGUCUUAUAAUUGCCGUAUAUAUGUCUCAAGGUCACUUCUUAGAUUCAGUGGGCAGGCGGCGGCAAUAACCAUGCUGAAUACUGUCAGAAUGUUGUGGCAGACUGGCAGUUAGCGAUUUUCUUCUGCAACACUCUGCCACAGUGCACUGAACAAGUUAAUUUAUUAUAUCUGAUUCGAGCAAAGUGAUAGAUUUUGAAAUUUUAGUCUUCAAGACUAUUGGUAGUUCCCUUAGAAGUGUAAGGCUAAAAGGUUUUCCUGGAGUGGAAAGGUCAGCGGCUUCAGAAUAAAUGAAAAAGUGCGGGAUGGCAACUCUGUAUACUGUAUAGUAUUAUGCAAUCGGCAGGAGUGGAGGAAGAUCCAUUCAAUUCUAACUUAUAUACUUCCUAUUCCUUUGGAUAGUCUGCAGAAAGAUUUUGAUUCAGUUUUCUAAUGGACGAUUCUUUCUCACAACACAAAAAACAUGCUUACAGCCUUGUAAGUUUCUAACAUCUUCAAUUUCAAUAAGCAGAGGAAGGACAAAGUUUGCAUAUGGCAUUGGGUUCCAAUAAUGACGAGGAAUUCGAUUGGGAAGCAGCUGUUGCAGAGAUUGAUGAUGCCUGCAACAAAGCAGUGUUGCAUACAACAUUACACGAGGAUGCAUCCCCUAGCUUUUUGAAUAAUGAUGACGAUAAUGGUGUUAAGAAUCCCAUUUACAAAACAUUAGAACUAAACAAGAAUAAGGUGGGAAAGAAGCUAGAUAAGGCUGUCCGGCAAUCCACUCUUGAUAAAUUUGUGGAAGUGAGUGAAAAACACUCAGAAGGCCAUCAGACUCAUCAUGCAAAUAUUACGACUACCUGUGGUGAUGACAAUGUUUUAUAUAGCAUGGGUGGCAGUAAAACUAAUAUUGAUCCUAUUGCGGCCCAGACAUGGACUUAUCCAGGAAAUGUUCCUCUUCGUGACUACCAAUUUUUAAUUGUCAAGACAGCGUUGUUCUCAAACACCCUAGUGUCUUUGCCGACUGGUCUUGGAAAGACACUGAUUGCUGCGGUUGUGAUGUACAAUUAUUUCCGAUGGUUCCCUGCUGGGAAGAUUGUUUUUACUGCUCCAUCUCGACCACUUGUCUUGCAACAAAUUGAAGCAUGCCAUAAUAUUGUGGGCAUUCCUCAAGAAUGGACUAUUGACAUGACGGGACAGAUGAAUCCAGCACAGCGAUUGGGAUUCUGGCAGAGCAAGAGGGUUUUUUUUGUAACACCUCAAGUGCUUGAAAAAGAUAUUCAAUCUGGUUCAUGCUUGGUGAAAGAACUUGUUUGUUUUGUAGUUGAUGAGGCUCAUCGUGCAAUGGGAAAUUAUGCUUAUUGUGUAGUUGUUCGUGAAAUAAUGGCCGUACCUGUGCAGCUCCGUAUCUUGGCUUUAACAGCAACCCCUGGAUCAAAGCAAGCAACUAUUCAGAUGGUUAUUGAUAACCUUCAAAUUUCAACAUUAGAGUAUCGCAAUGAAAAUGAUCCUGAUGUAAGGAAGUACGUUCACAACAAAAACAUUGAUUUGAUUACGGUGGCCAUGGGUAAAGAAUCUGUGAAUGUAAGCAAUCUUUUGCUGGAAGUUAUAACACCUGUUGUACAGAAGCUGUGUAGCCUUGGAGUUUUUUAUAGCAAAGAUGUGACUACGUUAACACCAUUUGAAUUUCUAACAGCAAGAGAUAAAUUCCGUCAAUCUCCUCCUGCAUUUCUUGCACAACCACAGUAUGGAGAAGUGGAGGCAUAUUUUGGUGCAGCUAUUACUCUUUUUCAUAUUUAUAAGUUGCUUUUUAGUCAUGGGAUAAGACCUGCACUUGAGAUGCUUCAGCAAAAGCUGCAACAGGGAUCAUUUGCAAGAUUUAUUGGAAGAAAUGAAACGUUAUGGCAAGUGAAGGCCUUCAUGCAACAAAGUGUAAGACAUGGAGCCCCAAAUCCCAAAAUAGUGAAAAUGAAGGAAAUCAUCAUGGAUCAUUUCCAUUCAAAAGAUGCUGGAAACUCAAGGGUUAUCAUAUUCACAAAUUUCAGAGAGAGUGUCAAGGAUAUUAUGGGUUGUCUGGCAACUCUUGGGCAUGCAGUAAAAGCCAUGGAAUUUAUUGGCCAAAGCUCCGGAAAAGCUUCCAAAGGUCAGAGUCAGAAAGUUCAACAAGAGGUUUUGCAGAAAUUUCGUGCAGGUGGAUACAACACCAUUGUUGCAACAUCUAUUGGUGAAGAGGGUUUGGAUAUAAUGGAAGUUGAUCUUGUAAUAUGUUUUGAUGCAAAUGUUUCACCGUUAAGGAUGAUCCAACGCAUGGGAAGAACAGGAAGGAAACGUGAUGGCCGAGUUGUCAUUCUAGCUAGUGAAGGAUCAGAAUUGCAGGGCUAUUUGCAAAAGCAAGCUAAAGGCAAGGCAUUAGGAAAGCACAUGCACAAUGGAGGCAUCAAUAGCUUCAAUUUCCAUUCCAGCCCGCGUAUGGUUCCACAUAGUUAUCAACCAGAGGUGCAGUUUGUUGAGAUGUCAAUUGAAAAGUUUGUUCAUCGGGGGAGGAAGGUAAGAGGGGAUGCUGCAUCUAUAGAUCCAGAGGGUGAUGAUUUGUCUGAGUCAGAAAUGGAUUUACUUGGCAAAUAUUUUGGUUCUAGCAAUAAGGGGUUCUGGACACCAUCAAUUAUUGCAUUUCCUCACUACCAGUUGUUUCCAUCACGUGUGUAUAAUGUAAAGCAUUCAUUCAGAACAACAGAAAUGCUGAUUGACACGUUACAAUCCCUUAAAGAGCACAAAGCAUCUUUGUUUGUUCCUAAAAGUCUCCUCCCAAACAAUGAGGUUGGAGCUUCUUCAAUGGAGAAUUCGCAGCAUGUUCCGGAUGAUGCAAACAAAACUGAAUUAAAAGAGGUGGAAGCUCUUGACCUUCUAGGAGAUGUGGGUGCUCUUACCAUUGAUAUGGAGCUUCCUGCUAUUUUGCUUCAUGGAGAUUUUUAG